GGCCCCGGGAGCAGAUGAUGGCGGCGACGUCAGGAUGGGGGUUGUCGGGCCGCCGGGCGCUAUGCUGGGCGAGUUUGCUGUUGAUAGCGGGAGGCCCGCGCCCUGAAUUUGCGGCCGGCGCCGGACUCGUGAGGCCAGUCGAGGCGACGUCUCCUCCGCUCCCAGGUCCCUGGAGUGGGAGCAGCGGGACCGCUGACUCCGUCCGGGCCGGAGAGGACAAUGUGACCCCUGACCCUGUGAAGGCUGGUGGGGACAGUGUGACCCCUGACCCUGUGAGAGCUGGUGGAGACAAUGUGACCCCUUACACUGGAAGUGCCGGAGGGGGAAGUGUGACCCCUGACCCUACAGUGGCCAGCGGAAGCAGUGCGACCCCUGACCCCCCAGAGUUAGGAGGGGCGAGUUCGACCCCUGAACCCAGCCUGUGGCCCAUUCAUUCCGUGAACUCGGUUGACGAGUCAUCUAAAAGUCUGACAGCAGCUGUUCCCAUGUGUAUCUGUGACUUAAUUGAAGGACUCUGUGAAAUCGGCUGUUGCUGUGACCCUGACUGCUCCAAUGAGGAUGUUGGUGCCUUUUCUUCCUGCCUGCCUGGCAGUGAACCGGCUAUCAAUAAGGUGUGCAUUGAAAGUUCGGCAAUCUUCACCAGUAACAGCCCUUUCCCUGCAGAUUUCAUUGAAGAUGGUCCAGACAGUCUCUUCUGUGUAAUGAUUAAUGACCCAAGGACAAAUUUCUUUGUCACACCACAGUCCAUUGAUAGAGAGAGCUUUCCACUGCUGGUUUCACAGUUUGGCAGAGGUUCUUUUAUUCGCCAUUCGGAGCAGCAAAGCAGUGAAUGGCCUAAAAUAUUAUCUGAAGCUUCCUAUCAGGUUGGUGACCAGAUCAGAAUGUUAUUGAUGCAAUGGUUUGCACUGGGCAUUUUGCGGCAGCCGUCGGCACUAACAGGAGGGGAGUGCACUGACAGGAAUCCAGCAGGUUUUCUGCAGGAUCGUAGCACCACUUGUACCCGGAGUGUUAGAGAUCUGACUGCCAGUUGCGAGAUGCUGGCCUCACUGAAUGCCGUCAAGUAUUUUGAAAACAUGUACUUAUUAUCGACUCCAAAUAUUACCAAUGUGGAGAACUUGGUUCAUAUUGUAGUUGAAGAUAAAGAUGUGACAGCGCCGUGGGUGUCAAACAACACAUGCAUGAAUGUGGUAUCAGAGGUGACCUAUCACAUCACAUAUGACGGAAAUGAGGGUAUCGUUGAUGCCGUGGUGGCCUUUGGCUUCACUGAUGUCCCGCUGUCUACCACCAAGAUCCAGCAGAGAUUUAAUGUUUUCUUCCUGAGGGUCAUGGAGAGUGGACCAGCAAAGAGACGGAGUGGGAAUCCUGGAUAUCUGAAAGGAAAACCCAUCCUGGCCUUUAAUGGUGAAGAGGCUGCUAGCCUGACAGUCCUGAAAAGCAGCAGUGAUGGGUCCUGUUCUCAGUUGGUUCGGAAUGACAUACUCUUUCAACACAACAUGAGAGCUGACUGUUUGUACAGGUUCGACCCUGGACAGACAUGCAGUGACCUCCAAACGCGCAUCAACUCGCUCCUCCUCGGGAAUAAUCCACCCAACUCACUAGGCAUCCUGGGGAAUGCUAGCGGUAAAAAUUUGGAGAGCCUGACCAAGAUCAUCAAUCCAGUGCCCAAGGCUUCGAAUGCGAACUGUCAGUCCAGCUGCACCCUGGCUAGUGCUUUAGAGAUUCAAAUUCUGUGGGCAAACCUGGGCCCUCUCGCCAAUCCCCAGGCAGCAGUGUUAGGUGCCCGUUUCCAGUAUCAGAAGCAGGAUAUACAGUGUUCAGCUGGCAAGGUAACUCUGAAAACCUUUGUCACCUUCAUUGAUACAACUCGAUACCCACCGACACCAAGAGACCAACCAACCAUUGAGCAGAAGCUGCCAUUCGAUUUCUUUCAUCCCUUCAAGGUCUACAGCAGUGGAAUGCACAUGGCUUCAGCAUCAAUACUCAGCACAGCCUGCAGUGUCUUUCUGACAGGAUUCCUGGCUCAGCACUGAAGCUCCAGCACACAGAUCAAUCUUAUAUCAAGCCUGUUUCAGAACCAGUGGGAGCAGGAUUUUGAUUUAGCGGCAGUCAGCUGCAAACUGAGGGGAGUGGCUGUCACUGUGUCCUGAUCCAGAAUCAAGGGAGAAACUCUCACUGGAUUUUGCACUGGGAUUAGAAGAUUAGCUGUCACUGGUUUCCUGAAUUUGAAUGAGGGUGCCAGCUUUCAUUGUCCCUCCACUGAGAUGAGGUGAGAAUCUUUCACUGUCCCUGAACUGGCUUUAGGAGAAUAGCUCUGACUGUUCCUGCAUUGGGAUUCAGGAAUUAGCUGGUACUAGUUCCUGAAUUUGGAAAAGAGAUGUAGCUGUCACAAUGCCUCAACUGGGAUCAAGGGAGUAGCUCUCACUGUCCCUCUACUGGGAUUAUGGCAUGGGUCUUACUGGUUCCUCAACUGGGAUGAGAUCAGUAGCCCUCAGUCUCCCUGCACUGGGAUCAGGAGAGUGAGUAGCUGUUACUGGUUCCUGCACUGAGAUUAGGGGAGUAUCUCUCACUGGUCUCUCAACUGGGAUGAGGGGAGUAACUGUCACUGGUUCCUCCUUUGGUUUGAAGGGAAUAUCUUGCAUCGUCCCUGCAUUGGGUUGAGGGGAUUAGCUCUCACUGGUUCUCUAUUGGAAUGAGGGGAAUAACUCUCAACAUCCUUCCGUAGGGAUAUUGGGAGUCACUCACACUGUCCUUCCACAGGAAUGAGAGGAAUAGUUUUCACUGUCCCUCCGAUUGGAUUAGCAAAUAAACUUUCACUGGUUCUUCCACUGACAUGUGGGCAGUACCUUUCAUUGUCCCUCUGCUGGGUUUAGGGGAAUAACUCUAAAUCUCUGCAUUGAAAUUAGACAAUUAGCUCUCACUGUCCCUCAAUUGAGAUGAGGAGAAUAACUCUCACUGCUUCUUGCAUUGGGAUUAGGGCAAUAGCUUUGUCUCUCCAGCUGUCACUAUCCCUACACUCAAAUGGGUUUUGCUACCCCACUUUGCCCAUCCUAGUUGAAAGACUGAUGUCUUCAGGGAAAAGUAAAGCAAGUAAGGUUGUUAUAAUCCCAAAGGACCAAAGGCCUGCUCUCUUAUAAGAGAGAGGUGACUGAUGAUGACUGAUGAUGAUUUAACCUGAGGGUCACCAUGCCGCAGGCAAAGGGUGAGGUUGAGAAGGUGGACCUUCUUAGUAACCUCAGCCAGUGUGGGAAUUGAACCCACGCUACUGGUGUCACUCGCUUAGUAAAUAGCCAACCAAACUAACUGACCCCCUACGAGCUAUGACAUUUCAGGCUUAUCAUGCACUUUGGGCCAAAAUACUGGCACCUUCUUUGGCAAGGGGCAGAAUCAGAGAGAACACUCCUGUGGGGUCUGUGCAUUGUGUUGAUGUUUCUAUGGUCAUCGUAACCAGUCCCCGUAACCUAAGGUCAAUAUGUGUAAUUUAUCUACUUAUUCUGAUCGAAAUCCUUGUAAAUAAACAUGAUUCUUAUAAUUGUA